AUGUUUGGAGCUUUGCAGAAGAAGAAUCACAACGACGCAGCCAUGUUAUGCAGCCUGCUGAGCAGCACCUGGGCUACGGCCACCUGCUUGGCACUGGGUCUUUGGCGCAUGGCUGCUGGCUUUCCGGCCUGCUGUGGAGAGGAGUGGUUCCAAGUGGCGAUGGCUCAGCUUAAUCGUGAAGUUGGCAAGACAAGAUGUGGGCGAGUGCAGGUUGAUUUCUCGCAAAUCGGGAAUCCAAUGACGCACAGCUUGGCGCUGUUUGUGCAGCUGUAUGCCCGGCGGCCACUGCUGCCAAGAAACGUCUCCUUCACCUUAAUGAGAUAUGUCAUAUACAAUGCGCGUCUGGUCGACAUGUUCUGCCCAGUGCUACUGCCUCUGGUGCAGUACUUGCAGGCCGAGAUAUCACUGCUGUCAGCGCUGCCAGGUUUAUCCGUGGAAGCGCCUGGGCGGAUAGUGAACCACAUCCUGGCAUCGGCAGCUGUUCACGAGAAGGAGGCUUAUUGCACUCGGCGAAGUCAAGCGCGACGCCAAUAUGGUCCUUUGGGCCAGUCUUUGCUGACCCAGGCGAAGCUGCGCAUUCGUCGAUUUCAGGCUUAUGUCCGCAGCCCAGGUCCCUGGUUCAAACCAACGUGGGCAGGCGACGUUGAUGUCAGAUUGGCGCUUACGUGGCACGUCGGUUUGAAGGAAACUCCUGUUUCCAAGAACUUCUCCGCUGGUGCCAUGUUCGGGCCACAGGCUAUGUGGAUGGCUUCCAGCGUGCCGUUGUGGGAGCAGGCGUUGCUGUCGGUAGCUCGGGCGUUGACCUUCUUGCGGGACAGAUGGAACGCUGCAAAUCCGAUCAGGUUCUUCUUCACAGGUGGUACGCUGUUGGCUCUUCUGCGCUAUGGCACUGUGACCUGGGAUGCUGGAGAAGGCAAAAUCGACUUUGUUGAUAAGGAUGUGGAUGUCCUCAUUCUGGCAGACUCGGCGCUCGCGUGGUGGAAGGCAACAGCCCACACCACGCGCGAAGGCCAUAGCGGCCCUCACGGCUGA